UGGAAACUUGACGCGCGGUCAAGACGCGCUGCAGCUGCGGCGGUAAAACGGACGUCAGGCGGCGGAGCGCAGCAGACCGGGCCGAGCGGCGGACAGCACGGAUGGCUCCGGUACGGACCGACUGAAGGAUGGGCUCCGCGGCGACGCAGCCAUGGCCAGAUUCACCAACAGAAGCGCCGAGGACGGGGACCCACGGGUGACCGCCCCCACAGACCGGGGCGAGCCGCGGGACCUGGCCGAGCCCCGGGAACUGUCUCUGGAGGAGGUGCUGAAGUCGUACGAGCAGCCCAUCAACGAGGAGCAGGCUUGGGCGGUGUGCUACCAGUGCUGCAGCGGGCUCCGGCCGCCCCGCCCGCCGGCCCCGAGGGUCCGCCGGGUGAAGGAGCCGUCCUCCAUCCUCCUGCACCGGGACGGAACCGUGUCACUGCGGCCGGAGCCCCAACACGACGAUGACGCUGAUGGACCUCCUCUUCCAGCUGCUGCAGAGCGACAGCUGGUGCAGUCUCUGGGCGUGGCCAUCUACAGAGCUCUGGACUGGGGUCUGGACGACAGCGAGGAACGAGAGCUGGGCCCUCAGCUGGAGAGGCUCAUCGAACGGAUGGCCGGAGGCGACCAGAGCCACGACGGCGCCACCAACGGGACGACGGACGAAGGCUACAGCGGCCAGGAGGAGGAGGAGGAGGAGCAGGAGGAAGAGGAGGAGGAGAAGGAGGAGGAGGUGGUCCGGCCGGUGUGCUCGUUCCGCCAGGUGAUGGCGCUGUGUUCGUCCAGACUGUCGGAGCCCAGCCUGGCUGCUGAGCACUACCAGGCCGUCUGCAGGGCUCUGUACGUGGAGACGCUGGAGCUGCAGACCUUCCUGACCAAGAUCAGAGACGCCAAGGAGAUGCUGAAGAAGAUCUCGUCUGAAGAGAGUCUGGAGGACAAAUCCACGGCAGAACUGGACGCUCUGAAGCACCGAGACUGGGCCCGUCUGUGGGUGCAGCUGAUGAAGGAGCUCCGUCAGGGUGUGAAGCUGAAGAAGGUCCAGGAGCAGAACUUCAACCCGCUGCCCACCGAGUUCAGCCUGACGCCCUUCGAGAUGCUGAUGCAGGACAUUAGAGCUCGAAAGUACCAGCUGCGCAAAGUCAUGGUUGAUGGAGAUAUUCCCACCAGAGUGAAGAGAAACGCUCAUGAACUGAUUCUGGACUUCAUCAGAUCCAGGCCUCCUCUCAAACCGGUUUCAGAGCGAAGCCUUCCUCCUCCUCCUCCUCAGCACCAGUCGCUCCAUGAACGAGUUCUGGCCGAGAUCAAGCAGGAGAGGAAACUCCGACCGGUGGAGCCGCCGAGCGCCAGACCGUUCGGCUCGCUGCCCUGCCUCGCUCAGACGUGUCCCUGCAGUGUCAAAUCCACGUCCUGCAUCGACCUGUCGCUGUCGGAUCCUCGGCCUCCGGCUCGACCUCGAAUCCUGCUCAAGGCGCCGACGCUGGCCGAGAUGGAGGAGAUGAACAUAUCGGAGGAGGAGGAGUCUCCAGAUAACGGUGAGCUGAGGAGGACUGAAAGCUCCCCGACUCCCCUGAAGAGGGACCGGUCGUUCUCCGAACACGACCUGGCCAUGCUCCGAGGAGAGAUGCUGCCUUCACUGUCCGAGUCCACCCAGCUGGGAGGGACGGUCCGACUGAGGGGCGAGAGGCCGAGAUCCAGAACUCUGACCGGAGCCGGACCUCAUUACAGAGCCUCCUUCCCUGUCCAUGGCUGGGUUCCUCCUUCUCCGGCUCGACUCUCUCUGAGCUCCGUGGACGAAACCAGCGAAGGACCGGAGGCCACGGCCGGAUCCAGGACCGGAGACGAGCAUCAGUGGAUGGAGGAGUUCAGUCAUCCCGUGGAGAGUCUGGCCCUGACGGUUGAUGAGGUCAUCAAUGUGCGACGGGUUCUGGUCAAAGCGGAGAUGGAGAAGUUCCUCCAGAGCAAAGAGCUCUACAACAACCUGAAGAAAGGAAAGGUUUGCUGCUGCUGUAGAGUCAAGUUUCCUCUGUUCUCGUGGCCGUCCACCUGCUUACUGUGCAAAAGAUCAGUUUGUGGAUCCUGCAGUGCAAAGAUGAAGAUUCCCUCUAAGAAGAUGGCCCAUAUCCCCGUCUACACUGUCGGCUUCCACAGCACCCCAAAGAGCCACGGACACAAAAGCCAAGUUUAUAAGUCUCUGCGUAGUUUGUCUCGCCGCUCGGUGGAGGAGGAGUUUCCUCACCUGUACGCUCACGGCUGCACGCUCAGAGACGUCUGCGCCGAGUGCACCAAGUUCGUGGCCGACGUGAUUUCAUCGAGCCGCCGCAGCCUGGACAUCCUGAACAACACGCCCAAGAGGGAGGCCCGACCCGCUGCUGCUGCUACUGGUUCUGCUGGUUCUACUGGUUCUACUGGUUCUGCUGGUUCUACUGGUCCUGGUUCUGCUGCUCCUCAGAGGCCUCAGCUGCAGCGUCAGGCCAACCUCGAGGCCUUCCCUCCACCUCACCACGCCGAGAGCAUCAGCGACCAAUGACACUUUAUCUGACACACUGUGCACUCUUCCACAGGAACAGUACGGUCCUCUAAGCGUCCUCUAGGGUUCUUUAAGAGUUCUUUAAGGGUUCUUUAAUGGGUUCAUGCACAGCAGAGUGGUUCUAAACGAGUGAAGGGUGCUUCUCCGAACGCUGCUGGGUCGUUUAAAAGUUACGCUCUCAUAUAAAAACUGUUUUCUGAACCCUUUCCAGCCAGAAUCUCAGCACCUCCUCAUCUUCCUCCUCAUCCUCACCCAUCAUCUUCUCCCACGUCUCACCCUCAUGGAGGCCCGACGCUGUUUCAUCCGCAGCAUGACUCCGCCCUCAGAUCAGCCGGAGGUAGCAUAGAGCCGUUAGCAUUUUAGCUCCCUGUGGUUGCCUUGUUUUUGUCAUGAAUGUAACUUAGAGAAUCGUAAAAGCUUGUACACGGCGUUUAUUUUCAAUCAUCCUAAAAUAAAAAAAGGGAUUUGUAACGAGUAGCUGCUGCUGCUGCUGCUGCUGCUGCUGCUUAACGAGGAAUCUUUCCUGCCAUCCUGUGCUCAUGAAGUCCGGCUGGACGAGGUCUGACGGCGGCGGCGACACUGUGAAUGUAAACGGGUGAAGCUGCACCUUUAAACCGACGUGAAGCAAGCAGACCAAACCCCGCCUCUGUCACUCUCCCCACGGACGCUUCUGCAAUCUGCUCUGGUUUUGUAAACACUAAGUAAACCUCAGCUGCAAUAAAACCUGAUGACAGACACGA